UCCCACAAGCAGUCCCGUUUGUUUGACAACAAUAUCUGGCUUGUAUAACUGCCUCAGAUAGCAAGGUAUUGAUUUUUAUUUCUAGGAAGAAAAAAAAAGCGCUUUUUAAAACUCGGCUCAAACUGAACUCUGGUCCUUUUCCACUCGCUGAGCUCAAAAUGAGGGUCGGAGUUAGCUGCUGCCCGCUAAUCCUCUGCCUGAUCCUGGCCUCUGUACUCGGGCUCGGCGAAGACCUCGACCGGCCUCUGUUCGGGCCUCCCGGUUCUCCUAUCCGGCUCCAUGAGUCCGACCCGGAGCUGAAGAAGGUUCUGCUUUUCGCAGAGGAGCGAUACAACCGGGGCUCUAACGCCAUGCAUCUCCGCAAAGUUAGCCGAGUCGUCACUGCCACAAAACAGCUGGUGAAGGGAAUUCGCUACACUAUAACUCUGGAACUUAGCAACACCCAGUGUAAGAAAUCCUCCAUGCUGAGGACCUGUGACUUCUAUCCUGAUCCUCAGAAACUCAAGACUGAGGUGUGUGUGUUUGAAGUUUGGGACAUUCCCUGGCAGGCCACCACCACCCUCCUCAAACAGAAGUGCCAGCCUAAAGGCAUUCCAGCCUCAGAAGAGACCAACAAGCUGGAGGCUUUAUCCACCAUCCAUCCAGCUGAGGAGUCUGUGGAUCUGUUGGGCCAGUUUAAAGAGUUCAUGGUCAAAUACAAUAAGGUUUAUAGCAGCCAGGAGGAGGCUGACAGACGUCUGCGGAUCUUCCACCGGAACCUGAAAACAGCUGAGAAGCUCCAGUCUUUGGAUCAAGGUUCUGCUGAGUACGGAGUCACCAAGUUCAGUGACCUAACUGAGGAGGAGUUUCGUUCCACAUACCUGAACCCGCUUCUUAGUCAGUGGACUCUCCAUCGUCAGAUGAAACCUGCCCCCCCUGCCAAAGGCCCCGCCCCUGAAAGCUGGGACUGGAGGGAUCGUGGAGCUGUUAGUCCUGUGAAGAACCAAGGAAUGUGUGGAUCCUGUUGGGCCUUUUCUGUCACAGGAAACAUCGAAGGCCAGUGGUUCCUGAAAAAUGGAACGUUGCUGUCGCUUUCAGAGCAGGAGCUGGUGGACUGUGACAGACUGGACCAGGCAUGCAGAGGGGGACUGCCAUCCAAUGCUUAUGAAGCCAUUGAAAAGCUGGGCGGUCUAGAGACUGAAACAGAUUACUCCUAUAAAGGACACAAGCAGACGUGUGAUUUCACUGACAGGAAGGUGGCGGCCUACAUCAACAGCUCGGUGGAGAUUUCCAAAGAUGAGAAGGAAAUUGCAGCUUGGUUGGCUGAGAACGGACCGAUCUCUGUGGCUCUGAAUGCUUUUGCAAUGCAGUUCUACAGAAAGGGAGUCAGUCACCCGCUGAAGAUCUUCUGCAACCCCUGGAUGAUCGACCACGCUGUGCUGCUGGUGGGAUAUGGUGAACGGAAAGGCAUCCCAUUCUGGGCCAUUAAAAACAGCUGGGGGGAGGACUAUGGAGAGCAGGGUUACUACUACCUUUACAGGGGAUCAAAUGCAUGUGGGAUCAACAAGAUGUGCUCAUCAGCCAUCAUCAGCUAAACUACCAGCUGCACCAAGAUUUAAGAGAUGACACUUGAAGUUCUUUAAAGUUCCGUUAAACCAGUUGGUGUAUUCAUUCAUACCUCAUUUCCCAAGCUCCACUGUACCAGCUCUAAUGAAGUUAGCUUUGAUGUGUCUGUGAAACUUUGCCAUGAAUUUAAACUGGCUGUUGUUUGCACUUUUUGUCCAGCUUCUUCAACAGAUUCAGUAUUGGUUGUAUUAUCUCACAUAGCAAUAAACUGGCUCCUGCUUGAGUUUUGGUAAAGAGUAGUUACAUAGAGCCCACUCAGAUUUAUUUUUAGGAUUUCCUAGUAUUUGUGCUAUUGUUAUUGACUGAGAUUUAUGUUUUCCAGGAAAAGGUUUGCACAUGACUACUAAAACAACUGCAAUACUAUUGUAAAAACUGCUGUAAGAAAAAAGGAUGACAUGCAAUAAAAGGUCUCAA